CCAUGAGGCCGUGCCCGCCGGCGGCGGUAGCGGCGCGCGCGCGAGCGUGAGGGCGCCGCCGCCGGAGCUGCUGCUGUUGCGUCCGCCAAGAUGGCGUGCGUGCUGGAGGCGCCGCUCCGCAUGAGCGUCCUCUCGGAGGUAACAGCGAGUAGCCGCCACUAUGUUGAUAGAUUAUUCGACCUCGAUCCUCAGAAAGUCCUGCAAGGUGUCAUAGAUAUGAAAAAUGCUGUAAUUGGAAACAACAAACAAAAAGCCAACUUGAUUGUUUUGGGAGCAGUUCCAAGGUUGCUGUAUUUACUUCAGCAAGAAACCUCCAGCACAGAACUGAGAACAGAAUGCGCGGUGGUCCUUGGAAGCCUCGCAAUGGGUACAGAGAAUAAUGUCAAAUCCCUACUAGACUGCCAUAUUAUCCCAGCCUUAUUGCAAGGAUUGCUGUCGCCAGAUUUGAAGUUUAUUGAAGCUUGCCUGCGAUGUCUCCGUACUAUUUUCAUCAGUCCUGUAACUCCAGAGGAUCUAUUAUAUACAGAUGCUACAGUUAUCUCCCACCUCAUGGCACUGCUCAGUAGGUCUCGAUAUACACAAGAAUACAUAUGUCAGAUCUUCUCACAUUGCUGCAAACUUCAACACUGGCAUAGCUGCGGCUUUAAAUCAUUGCCUCAGCCACUUCUGUGUGCCAAUGGUCCAGAUCACCAGACAAUCUUAUUUAACCAUGGAGCUGUUCAGAAUAUCGCACAUCUGUUAGUCUCCACCUCCUACAAAGUUCGAAUGCAAGCAUUGAAAUGCUUCUCAGUUCUAGCCUUUGAAAACCCACAGGUAUCAAUGACACUUGUAAAUGUGUCAGUUGAUGGAGAAUUGUUACCACAAAUUUUCGUGAAGAUGUUACAAAGGGACAAGCCUAUUGAAAUGCAGCUCACAUCAGCCAAAUGCCUUACUUCCAUGUGCAGAGCUGGAGCAAUACGGACAGAUGAUUCUUGCAUCGUUCUUAAGACUCUGCCAUGUUUGGUUCGAAUGUGUAGUAAGGAAAGACUUCUGGAGGAGCGAGUAGAAGGAGCAGAAACACUGGCCUAUUUGAUUGAAACAGAUGUGGAGCUCCAGAGAAUUGCCAGCAUUACCGACCACCUCAUUGUCAUGCUUGCUGACUACUUCAAGUAUCCCAGCUCAGUGAGUGCAAUCACUGAUAUUAAGAGGCUUGACCAUGAUCUGAAGCACGCCCAUGAACUGCGCCAGGCUGCUUUCAAGCUCUAUGCUUCCCUGGGAGCAAAUGAUGAAGAUAUCAGAAAAAAGAUCAUUGAGACCGAAAAUAUGAUGGAUCGUAUUGUUAAUGGCUUGUCUGAAUCUAGUAUCAAGGUGCGAUUAGCUGCAGUCAGAUGUUUGCACAGUUUGUCCCGUUCCGUACAGCAGCUCAGGACAAGUUUUCAGGAUCAUGCUGUAUGGAAACCUUUAAUGAAAGUUUUACAGAAUGCUCCAAAUGAAAUUCUUGUAGUAGCAUCUUCCACACUAUGCAAUCUUCUUCUGGAAUUCUCUCCAAGCAAGGAGCCUAUUUUAGAAUCAGGAGCCAUAGAACUUCUAUGUAGUUUAACACAGAGUGAAAAUCUCGCCUUGCGAGUGAAUGGCAUUUGGGCUUUAAUGAAUAUGGCAUUUCAAGCGGAACAGAAGAUCAAAUCAGACAUCUUACGAGGUCUGAGUACAGAGCAGUUAUUCCAGUUGCUUUCUGAUUCCGAUGUAAAUGUUCUGAUGAAAACUUUGGGACUGCUCAGGAAUCUUCUAUCUACUCGCCCACACAUAGACCAUAUAAUGAGCACUCAUGGGAAGCAAAUCAUGCAAGCAGUGACCCUCAUUCUGGAAGGGGAGCACAAUAUAGAAGUCAAAGAGCAGACAUUAUGUAUACUUGCCAAUAUAGCAGAUGGGACAACAGCAAAAGAACUGAUUAUGACCAAUGAUGACAUCCUGCAGAAAAUCAAAUACUACAUGAGUCAUUCAAAUGCUAAACUUCAGCUUGCUGCCAUGUUCUGUAUAUCUAAUCUCAUAUGGAAUGAAGAAGAAGGUUCACAAGAACGCCAAGAUAAACUACGAGACAUGGGAAUAGUAGAUAUUCUACAUAAAUUAAGUCAGUCAUCGGAUCCAAAUCUGUGUGACAAGGCGAAGACAGCACUCCAGCAGUAUCUUGCAUGAUCAAAGACUAAUUGAAUCUAUGGACACCCCUCAUGUCUACUUAAGGAAUAACGGGAGAUAUUCCUGACUCCUUAUAUUUGCACAAGUCACCUUGGGCUGCGUUUUUCUCAGGUGCAGGGAGCUGCUUUGCAGAAACAGUUUAAAUGAUCAGGUCUCCAGUGCACUUGAGAAUUUUCUUGAGGUAGUUUCUUUACUCAGAGGACUCUUGGGGGGUUGUUUUGGGUUUUUUUGGGUUUUGUUUUUUUUUUCCCGAGCUACCUGGACUUUCGGAUAGAACAAUCAGUCAUCACUUUCCUUUUGGGCCUACAAUUUUCUGCUUUUGCUGCAGCCUGCGUGUGUGGAUGUGUGUGGAUGUGCUCGAGUGUGUGCUUGGGUGAAUGUGUGCGAGCGUGAGACCUGUUUUGUUUUUCCUUUUUUUUUUGUGUGUGCGUGAAAAUCUUUUUCUACAGGUUUUCAAGGAUUAACCAUUGUUUGCUGUACGAAUACUUCAAUGAAUUAUAUACAGUUUGAAUGAAAUGUUAUUUAAAAAGAAAAACCAAACUGUUGUAUCCCAUAAAGUUUAUUUUGAAUUUUGAACAGAUGAAUGUUUUUAAGUAAAAUAUAUAUGCAUUUCUGAACUUCAGCUUAACUUACAUUAUACUUCCUUUUUAAAGAGAAAAGUAGAGUGAGACAGUAGACCCUAAAUUAUAAGCAGCGCAUUCUGUACUGAUGAGGUCCAAGAGGUUUUUACCACCAUACGAGGUCACCUGGUACUGAUGACACGCUCAAAUCCAUGGAAUGGGUGAACUGGAUUGUUUUGGGUUUCUUUGGUUUUUAGAAGAGCUCAUACUUCAGAGUUAGCAUGACUGUUGACUUGUCUGGAAAGGAACAGGUGGCUGCAAUGUCAGCAGGCAUAAGCUAUUGCUUUAGUAGUGAAGAACUUGCUCAGAUAAUUGCUGAAAGUUUGGCUUAUUUCACUGGUGAUAAGUUUUUGCUAAUCACCAAUAUCAAUAGAGCAAACACUAUAUUGCAGAAGUUGUACUUCCAAGAGACCAGAAGGAGCUGGCAAGCAGUGAUUAAGGGAUUGCUUUUGUUCUGCAUCCUUUGCCUCCAGAUACAGUGAAGUGACUUACAAAUUAUUUCCACGAAAGAUCAGCUGGGUUCGUUAAGUUGGGGAAGGGAUGGAAAAAUUGGGUUUGGUGGUUUGGUUUUUGGGGGUUUGGGUUUUGUUUUGGUUUAGUUCAGUAAUGUUGCUACGGAUUUUCUGUAUAUAUGCAGAUAAUACACACUUGCAUGGAUUUGGAUACCUGGAUAAUAAGGGAUGGGAUUUUACUGCAUUCAGAAGCCUAGAUUUUCUGUAAGUUCCUGAAAUUGUGCCUGUAAGUGUGGAGAAAAAAAUUACAACUACAAAUGAAGACAACUGUGUAAGGUUAGGCUGGAAUAUGAGACCCCAGUCAAAUAUACAUAGGAACAAAUGAGGGCAGCAAGGAGCUCUCCUUCAUGCAGUUCAGGGUUCUUGCUUUCUUCCUGUGUCUACUUUCUGAUUUCAGUUUAGACCAUAGUUUUAGUAGUCAGAAUCUCCAAGCACUGUAUUUACAUAGCACUAACGGGCACACUAAAGAUUGCAGCUGAUGUCUUAAACCAAAUCUUUCCUUUGUUACACUGAACUUCAGGAAGGCUGCAGCAAGAAGAGAGGUCUGUAACUUUGCUAACCAAUUUUGAUAAGUAUCUUAGUCUUUGAUUUCUAAUCAGAAGGUCACAUUGUGAUAGCCUUACUUUUUUCCAAGGUAACUACUUGUGUCAGAAAAUGUGACAACAGUUUGGCCUAGAAUUUGAAUGUGCUAUGUAUCAGAUAACUGUUAUCACUUGGUUGCAAAGGAGAAUAUAUACAUUUCAUGUAACUUCUUCCACCCUUGAAAGACAAAUAAAAGUGAGCACCUGACACUUUUUUCCUAGACAUUGCAGUAAGUGACUGCCAGUUUUCUAGUGUCCUUCUGCAAAUUUUUCAUGAUGGACGAUGGGGGCUGAACAAAAGCAAAAGUAAAAAUAUGUGAGAACUUGAUAAAUACUAGUACCUCAGAAGUGAAGUCUUCCUCGCAAAAGUCAAUCAAAUAUAUUUUUUGCUUGAAUUGAGAAAAAAAACCUUCCGAGGCAGGUAUUGUAAACACAGAACUGUACAGCAUGCACUUCUACAUUUGCACUCCUGCUAUGUAUGUUUAGGAGCUCAAGUUUUUGCAUAUCUCUUCUCGUCCUCCCCCACUUCAUGUUUCUAAAAACAAAUCUGAGUUUGAUUCUGUUCAACUUCGGUGCCUAAAGGUGUUCAGGAAAAGGUGAGUAAGUACCUGUGUACAUGUUUCAAGGUGGUUUCCUAAAAUUCUACCAGAAAAAAUAAAAACCAAUGCUCAGACAAUCUUGUUGCUGCAUGAGAACAGUUGGCAUUUUCCACAGAUAUUGGUAGGACAAACUGUUGGAUGAGAACAUUUUUACAUUCAGUUAAGCUUUGUGAAUAAUUUUUGAUGUUGCUGUAGGUAUGUACAAAAAGAAGAAUACUGUAAAUAAAAAGAACUUUACCAGAA